AUGAAUUCCCAUCAAGUUGAGUCACGGGCUGGAGUCCUCUACAAUGACCUUAUCGAAGAAAUCCUAUCAUUCCUUGACGUGAAGUCUCUUACGCGAUUCAAGUGCGUCUCCAAGUCAUGGAAGACUCUCAUAUCUGACCCUACUUUCAUCAAACUCCACCUUAAGCGAUCUGCAAGAAACACACACCUUACAUUAAUUUAUGAUGAUGUUAAGAUGGUAUGUUUCCCCUUGCAUCGCUUGAUCCAAAACACCUCCAUCACCCUCGCCGAUAACCCUUACUUUCAUGAACCUUGCUUCCUCGACAGCCCUUUCUUCCAAGAACCUGACUUCCCCCUAUACAGACGCCUCGAAGUAGUUGGUUCCUGCAAUGGACUGCUCUGCUUGUAUGGUUACGUUACCAACUCUAAUUAUGAAGAGAUUUUUCUAUAUUUAUGGAACCCAGCAACCAAGACAUUAUCUAACAAAAUAGUGUUUCUUCACGACGAGUUUCACCUUCGUAAGUGUGGUCGUGAUAAGAUGAUAAACACACGGUCACUCUAUACACUUUGGCGGUUUUGGUUUGGUUAUGAUGAUUCAAUUAACGAUUAUAAGAUUGUGGCGUACUAUGAAAAGAUCAACGAGGUGAGAGUUUUCAAUUUAGGCGAUAAUGUUUGGAGACAUAUUCAAAGUUUUCCUGUGGCUCCUUUUAUGGAUAUUUCCACUUGUCCCCAUACUCAUCUGGGUAUUAAUGCUGGCGUGUAUGUGAGUGGCACUGUUAACUGGUUGGCCAUUCGAAACGCGUGUCCAUGUAAUUUUGAAUUGAAAUCUAUUACUAUUGACCAAUUCGUGAUCAUCUCCCUUGAUUUGAGGACGGAGACAUACAAUCAAUUUCUACUCCCUCUUGGUUUUGAUGAAGUGACGUCUGUUGAGCCCACCCUAUCUUUCUUGAUGGACUCCCUAUGUUUUUCUCAUGAUUUUCAUGGGACCCAUUUUAUCAUAUGGCAGAUGAAGGAAUUUGGAGUUGACAAGUCCUGGACUCAGUUCCUUAAAAUUAGUUACCUAAGUCUUCCUAUUGAUUACGAUGAAAAUAAUGGAAGCUCCCUGCAGUAUCCUUGUCCGUUGUCCUUCUUCCCGUUAUGUCUUUCUGAGAAUGGUGAUACACUAAUAUUGGCAUUUGAUGCAGCCAACUCGGCCAUUCUCUAUAACUUGAGAGAUAAUAGAGGAGAGGAAAUUAGAAUUAGAAAUCUAGUACGGUGGUUUUGUGCCAAAAAUUAUGUUGAAAGCUUGGUUUCGACUAGUUGA